AUGUCUAAGGUCAAGAUCUCGGCGCGCCUGAGGCCCAAACUGCCGCAGGAAGUGGACGACGGGGGGAUUCAUGUCGAACCGCAUUCGGAGGCAGAAGGCGGAGGAUGCGUGGUCGUCGCCAAUCCAAGAGACGUGACCCAGAUAUUCCGAUUUCCGUUCUCGUCCGCAUGGCCGCCUUCAACCACCCAAGACGAAAUCUUCAACCGCGACGUCCGGCCCCUCCUGGACGCCGUAUUUGGUGGCGUGACCGUCACCAUCUUCGCAUACGGCGUGACCUCAUCCGGGAAGACGCAUACCAUGCAGGGAACGCCGGACGAACCGGGCGUCAUUCCCCGAGUAUUACAGGAACUGUUCGCCUGCCGCGAAGCAUUGACGUCCGCGUCCGCCGCCACGACAGGCGUGCGCCUGGACAGCAUCGAGUUCUCCGUGAGCUACAUGGAGAUCUACAAAGACGAAUGCUACGAUCUCUUCGUCGCCCGAGAAAGCGCGCCGAAGCUGCCCGUACGCGAGAAUGAGUUCGGGCAGGUGUUCGUCGCCAACCUGUCCACGGUGCCAGUGGGCAGCCUGGACGAAUUCGAGUCAGUCUACGCCAAGGCGAACAAACGACGAUCGACGGGUUCGACCAACCUCAACCACGCCUCGUCUCGGAGCCACGCUGUGCUCACCGUCGAGGUCGCUAUGCAAAGUGGGUUCACCACCCGCACCGGCAAGAUCAACCUCGUCGAUCUGGCCGGCAGCGAGAACAACAAGCACACGGGCAACGACCGUUCGCGGAUGGAGGAGAGCUCGGCGAUCAACAAGUCGCUCAGCGUCCUCGGCCAGGUCGUGCACGCCUUGAAUUCUGGCGCGAGCCGUAUUCCAUAUCGCGAUAGCAAGCUGACGCGCAUCCUUCAAGACGCUCUCGGAGGCCAAAGCGUGGGCCUGCUCAUCUGUAACCUCGCUCCCGGCACGAGGUUCCGGCAGGACACCCUCAACACCCUCAACUUCGCGGUGCGCACCAAGAACGUGGAGAACAAGCCCGUCGUCAACGAACGAGAUUCCCGACCCGCCCCAAAGCCGCACUUUGCGGCAGUUCAGCAGAAAGCGCCGAAGCUCGCCCCCGCGGCACUGCCUGCCACUAUAGAAGCUGCGCCCGCUCCUGGCCCCGCCGCUACCGCUGCACCCAUCGCACCCACCGUUCCCGUCACCGGCCAUCGCGGCCCCCGCCCCUCGCUCGCCCCACGCCCCGUCGACGCCGGCUCGUCCAAAGUCCCCCGGCGAACGUCGCUCGCCCCUGGCGCCUCGACCGACUUCCGCUUCCAGCCAUUCGCGCUCAGCCUCGCCAGCGUGUCUGAGGCGCCGCAAUCUGCGUCGAGCGGUGGUGGGGGCAGCGGCGUGCUGAGGAGUCUGACGGACGAGGAGAUCGAGGAGCGGAUCAACAAGGCCGUCGAGAAGGAGGUCACGCGCCGUUUGGCGGAGAGAGACCGGGAGCGAGCGAGAUUGGAGGAGCUGGAGAAGGAACUGGAGAAGGAGAGGUCGAGGAGGUCAGAGGGCCCGGGUGGGAUAUUGGACGGGAUGGACCGCGACCAGAGUCAGGAUCACGGCCAGAGCCAUGAUGAGGACCAGGCAAGCCGGUCGUUACCUGCGGGUGUGAUGACGCCCAUUUUGGAGAAGCACGCCGACUUGGACGACGAGCUGAAGAGGAGGCUGACGGAGCUCGAGAAGAAGAUGGAUCACGGCGACAAGGAGCUGCAGCUAGCGGACGUACUGUCCCCCACGUCGAAGAAAAAGACCGGGAGAGCAUAUGUCGCCCUGGCAAGGGCUCAGUCCGAAAAGGGCGACUUGCAAGUCGCGCUGGACUUGUACAAGAAGGCGCAGUCGUACGUGCCAGACAACCUCAAGCUGCAGGAGCGAAUCCUUGAGAUCGAGUGGUCAGUCAAGAACGGCAAACCGUUCGAACCAGCGCCAAAGAAGUCGAAGAAGUCGAAGCACUCCAAGAAGACGCGUUCGCGCUCGGUGAACGACGGACCUAGGUCCGACUCGCACGACCACCAUGACGAGGACGAGGACGAAGGCGAAGAGGGCAACGAGGUAUCCCUACCGAAGAAGUCCAAGAAGAAGUCAAAGCGCGGUCAGAGUGUUGAUUUUGGCACUGAGGUCACGAACACGAAACGGUCUGUCGACGAGACGACGGAUGCGCAGACGCCUGCCAAGAAGAAGCGGAGGAGCGGCGAGAAUGAUGGCCUGAUCCUGGCCGAGACUCCUGGUGAGGCAGAGGACACCGACGGCGAAUGGAUUACGGAGGUGUCCCGGCCGAGCCGACACCGUCUCCAGCUUGAGGCAUAG